ACUGUGAGCCGACGAUACAAUGUAAAUCUGCUGUAAAACUGCCAUGCGAAGCAGUUCUAAUCCCAGUUUCAACCGAGUGGUGAACGAACCAACAACAACCUUUACAAGUGCCGCCUCUGCUUGCUGAAAACCAACAACAAACCGAAUAAAAAUGAGUUGUGCUUUGAACGAUGUGGUGCUUUGUCUUCCGGCUGGUCGAAUUCAAGGCCGUACCAAUCAGCUGCCCAAUGGAAAAGACUACUACAGUUUCAAGGGCAUUCCGUACGCUAAACCGCCCGUUGGAGAACUUCGCUUUAAGCCACCGGUUCCAGUGGACAGAUUCUGUGAUGCCGAGGACGACGACGAUCUGCUAGUCUGCAGCUACGAGCGUAACUCGUGUCCAGCGCUGAUGCAGCUACCUCCGACCACGGUUUCGAUCGGUGAAGAUUGUCUGCAUGCCAACGUGGCCACUCCGGUGCAUCCGUCCGACGUAGAUCAACAACCUCCACUUCCCGUGAUGGUUUGGAUCCACGGUGGUGCGUUCAAUCUGGGAAACGGCGACUCUUCACUGUACUGUCCUCAGUAUCUGGUUCAACAGGGCGUCAUAGUCGUGACCUUUAACUACCGCUUGGGACCGAUUGGAUUUCUGCAGCUACCCUCCGCAGGCAUUCACGGCAAUAUGGGUCUGAAAGAUCAACGACUACUGUUGCGUUGGGUCAACGAAAACAUCUCUUUCUUCGGCGGAGACCCAACGAACGUGACACUGUUUGGGGAGAGUGCCGGGUCAGCUUCGGUACAUCUGCACUAUCUGACCGAGGAGUCUCGCAAGUAUUUCCACAAAGCGAUUUGUCAAUCUGGAACAGCGUUCAACGUUUGGGUUGAGCAAAAAGAAUGUGAAACUAAGGCACGGACGCUGGCCAAGAACCUCGGGUGUACCGGUGAUAGUGAUGAGGAGGUUUACGAAACUCUAAUGAGCGCAUCCGUCUUUGAUCUGUUUGCCAAGUCCGAGGGCUGCAUGACGAUGAACGACAUGCUGGCGAUGCGUAUGUUUCCCUUCACACCCACGAUUGAGUCGGCCGAUUCCGAGGAACCGUUCAUCACGGAAAACUACACCGACAUUCUGCACCGGCCGGACCUCACCUCGAUUCCGCUGAUCAUCGGAUUCAACAGCAACGAGUCCGUAACAUUUCUUCCUCUGCUACAACCUGCGAUUAGAAUGUUUUCCCAAGAUCCGAGGGCUUUCGUUCCGGCACAACUUACGGUUCCCGCGGAGGAGCUGGCCUCAGUUGGGGCGGAGAUCAAGCGAUUCUACUACGGAGACGACACCGCGCACUGUUUGACCGGCUUUCUGGACUACGUGUCCGACAUUUGGUUCAUCAUACCGUCGUUUGUCGCCAGCGAGCUUCAGGCGAGAUUCCAGCAAAAUGCCCCCCAAUUCUGCUACUAUUUCGAUUUUGACUGCGAAUUCAACUACCUGAAAGCAAACCCUCAAGCUGCACACCAGCUGGAAGGAGUGGCCCAUGGUGACGACAUUUCGUACCUGUUCAAACGAAACGUAUCCGAAGCUAUGAUCGAGGAUGGAAGUCGCGCCGAUGAGUAUCGCGCCAUUACGGUUCAAUUGUGGACCAAUUUUGCCAAGUUUGGUCACCCUACGCCGGAAUCGGGCGAGCUUGGAUUUGAGUGGAAACCUUCGGAACCAAUCGAUUGUGAUCAGGAAGAGUUUGUUCUCAAGGCGUUGCACUUGACCGAUCCGAUUCGAAUGAUUGAACAACCGUUCGAAAAGCGUAUUCAGUUUUGGAAAGAGUUGUUCGCGAGGUUCGGUGAUAAUUAUCUGCAUUUGACAAGCAACAAAAUCGACGAAUCUCCACUGCCACUACAGAAGGCACCUCCAUGGAUCCAAACCAUCACCGGUAGCUUGGCAGUGAUCGAUCCCUUUCCGGAUCCAACCGGAGUGUACACGUUCAAGAACAAGCAGUCCUCAGAUCCCACCGAGUCAGGCGGGAUAAACUGUGUUUAUUUUGUUUCAGCUACCCUCGUCGAUCGUGAACUCGGCACUGUAAAAGGAGAAAACACUCAAUUAGUCGCGUACGAAAGGUCUCCAACGAUGGACGGAAGGCAUAAAUUAAGUGCAUCUGGAGCGACGAGAGACGUUGGGAGAGUAUUGGCUGAGAUCGGACCGGGCAAGCUGCUCGGAGUGGUGGAGCGGCUGCCAAGUGGAGCCGAAUACUUUGUGUUCAAGGGGAUUCCGUACGCGAAGGCACCUGUUGGCGAACUGAGGUUUCAGCCUCCCCAGCCAUUACCCCAACUGCCCUUUUCCCCUUUGGACUGUGCCCAGGAUGCCCCAGGAUGUUUCACGGUGGACAACUACCUGCCAAACGAUCAAAUGUCCGAGGACUGCCUCCACCUGAACGUGUUCACGCCCAGUUUGCCUUCUAAACCACCUAGCGAAACCCCCCAGCUUCCGGUUAUGGUGUGGUUCCAUGGCGGUGGCUUCGUUACCGGAAGUGCCCAAUCGUCAAUGUAUGGCGCCAAGCAUCUGGUCCAGGAGGGAGUGGUGGUCGUUACUGUCAACUACCGGUUGGGGCCGCUGGGAUUUCUGUGUCUUCCUGACGUUGGAAUUCAUGGGAACAUGGGCCUCAAGGAUCAACGGAUGAGUUUGGUGUGGGUUAGGGAAAAUAUUAAGGGAUUUGGGGGUGAUCCGGAUAACGUUACAAUUUUUGGACAAAGCGCUGGUGGAUCUUCUGUACAUUUGCACUAUUUAUCAGAGAAUUCAAGGCCGUUAUUUCACAAGGCAAUUGCUCAAAGUGGAACUGCGUUCAAUCAGUGGGUUCUACAGAAGGAUCCAGAUGGUCGGGCUCGUAGACUAGCGAAGCUUCUUGGUUGUGAGGACGAAAACAAUGAUGAACAGGUGUUCGAAUGCCUGCUGACCGCUAGUCCAAAGGAAAUUACGGAUUUGCAAUACCAAGUAAUGACCAGCGAAGAAAGAUCCGUGGUUGUCAACUUCCCAUUUACUCCCGUUGUUGAACGAACUGAUUCACAACAUCCAAUAAUUAUCGAACAUCCGGUAGAACUCAUCAAGAAAGAACUCCCGAAAAACAUUCCAAUAAUGAUGGGAAUUAUGAGCGAAGAAGGUGUUGCGUUAGCAAGUCACGUGAUUAGUUCGCUGGAAUUGUACGAACGAACUUUAGAAACUCAACUGCUCCCAUUUGCAUUAGACGUCGCCGAUGAAAAGAUUAGAAAAGAUGCAUUUUCCACUAUCAAGAAGUUUUUCUUCAAAGAACAAGCGUUAUCGAUCGAGACCGUCCCAAAUUUGGUGCAAGUCCUUGGUGAUAAUGCAAACAAGUUUGCUGGUUAUCUUUCGGCGGAAUUACACAACCUACAUCAGAGUUCACCACUUUAUUUCUACAUCUUCUCCUAUGUGUCGGAGUUGAACAAACUUCGCGAACUAAGUCAAGCUCCUGCAUCCUGUCCUGGAGCAGCUCAUGGAGAUGAUCUUUGCUACAUGUUCUCAUCAUCGUUUUUGAACACAGACAACACAAGUGAAUCUAGUCCUGCCCGAGAAUACCGCACAACUAUGUGUAAACUUUGGACAAACUUUGCCAAACUUGGAACUCCAACUCCGGACAACUCACUGGGAUUCCGCUGGUCAUCGGUUCAAGAGGCUAUUGGAUUAAAUGGACAGUUUGAACUUCAUGCUUUGGAUCUCAACGAUAGACCCACGAUGGUUGAAAACCCAUUUGCGAAUCGUUUUAACUUUUGGAAAGCCCUUUUCCAGCAGUACAAUGGAAGUCAUUUGAAUAUAAACUAAACCAAG